CUGUGGUUCUGUGAUGCUAAAAUGUGAGAUUGAGGAUAGUAUUGUGCUAUGGGUAUUGUAUUUUAAUCAAUUGAGAAAGAACUAUCGUUCUCAGAAAUUUUUCAAGCGAAAUUUGUGUACAUAAGCAUUUUUCCAAAGUAAUUUUAAUAAUCGAAAUAAAUAUAUGUCACAUAACCUUCAACAUCGUUGAAAUCUGAAGUAUGAAUAUUGAUUUACCUGAUGAUAGUGAUACCAGUGAUGAAGAUUAUGUCCCCAGUACAAAAGAAGAUGUACCAUCAGAAGUUGAUUCAGACGGAGAACCAGAGGAGUCUAUAUCGGAUUCAGAAAAUACUGAGAAAAGGGGCCAGAAAAGGAAGAAAAAGACGUCCAAAGUAAAAAACAAAUUAAAGAAUACCUCUCGACAAUCAGACGCCAGUAAAUCUAAAGAUGAUGAGCAUAAACCAGAAGAAAAAGGUGAUAAAAAGCAAAAUGUAGACGAUAUUUGGGCAGAUUUUAUGAAAGACACUGGUUUCAGGCCAAAGAAUAGUAAAACUGACACUAACUUAGGCAGUUCGAGUACUCGAGUAAAUCAAGCAAAUAACAGUAAAACAAACGAUUCUUCAAGAAACAUAGAGGAAAAACAAUCAAUACAAAAACCUGUCGAGAAAGUGAAGAUCACACAAGUAUUUGAAUUUGCCGGGGAAGAAGUAAAAGUUGAGAAAGAAGUGGCUGCUAAUUCGGCAGAAGCUCGUUUAUUGAACAAGGUACCCGAUACAGACCCCAAGACGAGCAGAGGGAGGAAAGGGGCGGGGCUCAGCGGUAUAAGUGGCGUUUUGAGCCAGCUAGGUAAGAAACCUAAAAUAAGUACUUUGGAGAAAAGUAAGUUGGAUUGGGACAAAUAUAAGAAGGAGGAAAAUAUCGAGGAGGAACUGCAGACGUAUAACAAGGGAAAAGAUGGGUUUCUGGACAGACAGGACUUCCUGCAGAGGGCGGAUCUGAGGAGGUUUGAGAUCGAAAAGGACAUACGUACGGUGGAACGAAAUAAAAGAUUUAACAGUACACUUUAAUGAUUUAACAAAUAUUAUGUUAUUAUAACUCAGUA